CCAUUGAACAACACUACACAUUUCAAAUUUUGAACACGAGAUUCUCAAUUCAAUCCUCCUCGAAGGCACAGCACCUACGCUACGACUACAAGCUCCAUCCAAAUCGACAGCUCAACACGAUGGACCUCGACCCCUCCGAACCCGCCUCCCUGCAGACCCUCCCCCUGGAGCUCCUCUUCGAAAUCUACGCCCACCUCCUCGCGCCCCUGCCCACCCACUACAGCUACACCGCCGCGGCCCCCUCCACCGGCACUCCCGCCUCCACCCAAUCCCUCAACGUCCCCGCCCUCCGCGGCAGCGGCAGCGGCACUCCAAAGAAGCAAACCAAAACCAACCCCCCACGGCCGCUGCGCACCCACGGCAUGCUGCUCGCCAACCACGCCCUCAGCGCGCACUACAUCAAGGCUUUCUACGCGCGCACAAACUUCUUCUUCUACGUCGACGCGCACAACGCGCGCGCCAAGGCCUGGUUCGCGCUGCCCGCGGGCGCGCUGGCGCAUGUCCGCGCCUGCAAGCUGUAUAUCGAGGUGCACCAGAUCGCGCGCGACCACCACCACACCGAGGCGCACCUGGCGGCGUUUGUCAAGCGCGUGGAGAGGCUCCUGCGCCGGUUGAAGAAGCUGAGGCAGGUGCAGCUGGUGUGGGACGUGGGGCCGGUUGGGAGGGGCGCGAAGAAGGGGCUGGGGGUGGCGCUGGAUUGGGAGGGGCUGGGGGAGCCGUUUGUGGAGAUGUUGAAGGGGAUGCAGGGGGUGAGGGAGUUUAUGGUGACGGUGGGUGAGCAGAUUGAGCGGUUUCGGAGGGAGAAGGGGGGGUGGGGGGUUUAUGGGGAGGGGGUUGAGGGUGGAUCGAGGGUGGCGAAGGGGCCGUUUCCGUUUCUUUAG